CCGAGAACCCGCCAUUUUGAAAACCUUGUUGAUUCCGGGAGGGAGGGAAGAGGAAGAAGAAGAGGGAGAGGGCAAGAGUGGCUGCCGCCUGUAGGGCUGCACCGCGGCGGGGCGUGUGUGUGUCGCUGCGCCCGGACCCGCCUCGUCCAGCAGCAACUGCCGCCUUCAGCUGCUGCCGCCGCCGCGCCUAAGGAGGGAGCCGAGGCUCGUGCCGAGAAGCAUACACCAUGUCUUCUGUUGAUUCAUCAAAAGAAGAUACAAUGUCAUCAGAAAAAACAGAUGAGAAACAACCUGAAACUGAAAACAAAGCUGAGGAAAGUGAUGAAGAUGAAGAAGAGGAAGAGGAGGAAGAAGAAGAAGAAGAAAAGGAGAAGAGUCUCAUUGUUGAAGGAAAAAGGGAGAAGAAGAAGGUUGACCGACUGACCAUGCAAGUGUCCUCACUGCAGAAGGAACCUUUUACAAUUACACCAGGAAAAGGACAAAAACUCUGUGAAAUUGAGAGGAUACAGUUCUUUCUGAGUAAAAAGAAGACAGAUGAACUUAGGAACCUGCACAAACUCCUCUACAACAGGCCAGGCACUGUUGCAUCCCUAAAGAAGAAUGUGGGUCAGUUCAGUGGGUUUCCAUUUGAAAAAGGAAGUGACCAAUAUAAAAAGAAGGAAGAAAUGUUAAAAAAAUUUAGAAAUGCAAUGUUGAAAAGCAUCUGUGAAGUUCUUGACUUGGAAAGAUCGGGAGUCAAUAGUGAGCUUGUAACCAGAAUAUUAAACUUCCUUAUGCAUCCAAAAUCUUCGGGCAAGCCAUUGCCAAAGUCCAAAAAACCACAAAGCAAAGGUGGCAAAAAAGAGCGCACUAGCUCUGGAACAACAAGAAAAGCGAAACGUACCAAGUACCCGGAGAUCUUGUCAGAUGAAUCCAGUAGUGAAGAAGAUGAAAAGAAGGAAAAGGAUGAGUCUUCAGAAGAAAAAGAAAGUGAAGAUGAGCCCCCUAGAAAAGCAUCUAAAAGAGAAAAAUCUAAGAAGACGACUUCUAAAACCAAAAAACCUGUGAAGGGUGCAAAUGUCAAGAAGGCAGACAGCAGCACUACUAAGAAAAACCAGAACAGUUCCAGAAAAGAAAGCGAGUCUGAGGAUAGUUCAGAUGAUGAACCUUUAAUUAAAAAACUGAAGAAACCACCCACCGAUGAAGAACUGAAGGAAACUGUCAAGAAUUUGUUGGCCAAUGCAAAUUUGGAGGAGGUUACAAUGAAACAAAUCUGCAAGGAGGUGUAUGAAAAAUAUCCUAGUUAUGAUUUAUCUGACAGAAAAGACUUCAUUAAGAAAACAGUCAAAGAGUUGAUUUCAUGAUCUGAUUUGACUGUGGGAAAUGAAGAUUCCUGGGUUUUUAUUUCCAUGGAUUUGAAGAUCUGAUAGGCACCAGCAAAAGGAAUGUGUCUUACCCUUGUAUUUUUAGUCAGAUCUAAUUCUGCUGAUCUAAUGUUAAAUGUGUUAAUGUAAAUUGCUUUGUGUGGUUUUUUUUUUUUUGUUGUUAAACAGAACUGCAUUUGAUGCAAUUUUUAGUUGAACAUACUGAAGUUUCGUGCAUGGCAAUAAAUGUUCCCUUUUUAUAGUUUUGUACAUUUCGAAUUGCAUUGUAUAACUAGAUUCGUUAGAGCCAUCGUAGCUUUUUAGUGUGGAUUACCAGCGUACAGGAGAUUUUAAAAUUGACUAAGAUGAAAGCUGUUUAUCUACACAUAUACAUGCAGAGACUGGAAUAUUGCAGUAUUGGUUACAGAGAUAUUUUGAAUACAUAUUAAUUCUGAAAAUAAGAAGAGUUAGUCACAUAUUAAUCUCUUUUAUAUUCUGAUACAUUCUACAGAUACAGAAUUAUUCUGAAUCUAGACUACAGUCUUGCAUGUGUAGGCACUGAAAGAACUCUCACAGCAUGGUAACUAAUUGGCAUAUAGAUGUUAUUUUUGUACUUUCAGAAGGCUUUUUGUUGUGUAUAUAAAGUUAUUUCAAAUUUCUUUUGUGCAAAUCAGUUUUUUAAUCUUGGUAUCUUUGAAUUUAUGACAUGAAAUGUCAGUGUUCAGCAGUGAGGCAGUGAUAACAAGUGGUGUGCAGAAGUUUCAUGAAAAAGAGCUGAGGUUUCAUGAUGUUUGUCUCAUCUUACCUUUAGUACAAAAACUAAACUGUAGGUUUAUACCCUUAGUUUUACUUUAUACAAAGACUACAGACAUUGUUUCAAUGUCUUGGAUGUAGUAAAUAAAAUCCCUCCAAAGGCAAUAGGAAAAUUUCUAGUGUCUCACAAGUGGGUAUCCAAGAUAUACAGCUGGAGGCUUGAUAGCUUUGGAAAUCCACAGUAGGUUUUCCAAAUUGGAUAGCACUGAUGUGAACAUGUGUUUAGCCUCUCUUCUGUGUGGGAAAGCUUUUCUGACCCUGAGCUUCAUUGCCUCAGCAUGAACAAUGGUACUUGUAAGCCUGCAGUCUUUAACUGUGGCUGGCAGCUUUUAGGAUCAAAGUGAACUCUGUGUGUAAGUUUGUUUUUCUCCAUACACCUUGUUUCUAAUAUGGUAAGUCCUACACUUAAAAUCAUGAAACUAAGAGCUGCCCAAGUGUGGGCAGCCAUUCACACCAUGAGCACAGAAUCCCUCUGACUAGUAUUGCUGGAAAGACAAAGUGUAUUUUUUUGAAUUUUAUUAUUGUACAGUUGAGAAGUAAGGGUUCAUAAAUUAUCUAAAUUCCAGAAAAGUUCAGCCAGUUAGACUGUUGAUCUUACACACAUCUUUUGAAUUUCUUUGCGUGUAAUCAUUUAUAAUAAGGCUGAAUGUAAUGGGGAUUUUUUGUAUUCAAUAAAUGUCUUUCACAAAAAUGUAAAUCAGUUUUAAUCUAACAUUUGCUUACAUGUAUAGUAAAAAAAAACUAUACAGGGAUAUGGUUGUUUGUCUUUAUCUCAUCUGCUAGAAAAUAUUGGCUUCUCUACUUUGGAAGACACUAUUGCUGAAAUGUAUGUCCUUGCACCAGGUUUUUAUGUCUUUAAGGUUUGUGUUUUGAUUUUUGUGGGUUUUUGUCUUUAACUGUCUCAGCAGAAGGAACACUUUUUAAUUGCAAUUUAAAACAUUGAAAGUUUCCAAGUCUUAAAAGCAGAAAGUUACUUGUAUUAAGUUUUGAUGUUUUACAAAUACUUGAACUGCCUUUUGAUUUUUAUGUAAAUGUACUAGCCAGUUUUAAUUAUAUGGGUCAGGAAGUGUUUUUACAAUUCACAACUCCAAAGUAUAAAUAUUUUUUUAAUAGUUUAAAUUCUAAUGAAAACUUAGAAAAGGAUAGCAUACUUCUAUCUAUUGUAUAUAUGCAUUAGUUGCCACUUUGGAAUUGCACAGAUGGAAUGGAAGUGAACUUGACAUUCUUCAAAUGCUUUGUUUAAAUCUCUUAACAACUCGGUGUUAGUCCUCAACGGAGAAGAGGACUGCCUGUUUCCUUGCUAAUCUAUACCAGUCUGGCUGCAGCUGAUACAGGAUUCCAGUUCUUUCUGCAAUUGGGAGGAAGGCUACAAGAUAGCACUAAAAGCAUGCAAAUUCCACAGAUUUCUACCAAAAAGAGCCUGAGUAACACUUGUAUGAAGGCUUAGUCAACUUCAGCUGUGUCUGACUUUGGAGGAGCUCAUGACAAGUAAACAGAAGCAGCUCUGCUUGCCUCUUGCACAAGGUCUGGUAUCGACAGAUACAUUCCAUUCAGGCAGCACAUGAGAAACUCAAGCGAUCAAAACAAGGACCAGCCAAAUAUGUAGACAAGCUGUAUGGAUGUCCCAGAAGUAGCUCUGGUACACCCCUGAAGCUAUUUUGUCUUUGAAAAAUCCCUCUGCAUCAUCCUCAGGUGUCUGAAGUUCACAACUAAUGUAAACCAUGGAGACAGCCAUGAAAAUCACUCUUCUGGACCAGAGCGGCACUGAAACCAAAGACCCAUUUGCUGCAUUUUCAUGAGAUCAAGAUACAGAGCUCCUCACAGGAAGGCUGUCUGGAGACUGAUCUGAAGAACAUGCCUUUUUCUUCGUUCGAACCCUUCCCGUUGACAUUGUAUUGUUAGAUCU